GCAGCCGCCGCCAUGGACGUGGGCCCCUCGCCGCACAGCCUGGACGCGCCGCCGCACACGGGCACCACCGUGGUGGCGGUGUGCUUUGACGGCGGCGUGGUGGUGGGCGCCGACUCCCGCGUCUCCACAGGCACCUACAUCUCCAACCGAGCCUCCGACAAGAUCACCCCGCUGGCAGACAACGUGUACCUGCUGCGCUCCGGGUCGGCGGCAGACACACAAGCGGUGGCAGACUACGUACGAUACUUCACUGAGCAGCACGAGAUGCAGCUGCAGCGCACGCCGGGGGUGCGCACAGUGGCGCAGCUAGUCCGAGAGAUGAAUUAUCAGUACAAGCACCUGGUGGGGGCGAUGAUAGUGGCGGGAUGGGACGAAGACGAGGGCGGCCAGGUGUACGGCUGCCCCAUCGGCGGCACCAUCAGCCGCGAGCCCUGGACCACCGAUGGCUCCGGCUCCACCUUCAUCUGGGGCUUCCUGGACUCGGAGUUCAAGGACGGCAUGGGCCGGCAGGAUGCCGAGGACUUGGUGGCGAUGGCGCUGGCGCUGGCCAUGUCGCGGGACGGAUCGUCGGGAGGCGUCAUCAGGCUGGUGACGGUGAGCAAGGAGGGGGCGACGCGGCGGCUCAUCACGCCGGAGGAGCACCCAGUGUUCUGGGAUGAGAUUCCGGCCCCGGCUGGCAUGGUGGUAUAAGGCAGCGGGGUGGCCUGCAUGCAGCAUGCAGCUGCCACCAGCGGCAGGCUUGCCCCCAGUGCAGCCGAACCUGCUUGCUGCACACUCCCCAUUAUUGUUUCUCUAUUGUACCACCACCACCACCACCACCACCAUCCUUGGCCGCCCAGGAUUGUAACAGAAUCGCUGCCG